UCUCUUGUCUCUUCCCCACACCUUCCUCCUGCUCUCUCUCUCCAAUAAAUCACACGGGACCUCUCCUUUACCAUCCUCCUUUCUUCUCUCGCCUAUUUUCUCGACUCCAUUUCUUUUUUCUUUUCUUUUUUUUCAUUUUCAUAAUUUUUUUUCUAUGGUGCUCGGUUUAUAUUUACCUCCUACUCCCAAGUGUUUCUCAAAUUACCUGUACAGUUUAAAGUUAAGGGGAAUUAAUUGUUAAUAUUAGGAAAGAAAAAGAAAAGCGCCAGAGGAAAAAAGAUGCAGUGUGGGAUCCAACAAAGUGAAAUUGGAAGCUGCUCUGACGAGAUGCGGAGCUCCAUUUCGGUUUCGGUUACGGAUCGGAAAGAGACCAUGGUCUGCCCGAAACCACGUCGUUUGGGUCUUUUAAACACCCCCUUCAACGACCACCCUGUUAGGUCCCUGAGAUGGCAACUCAGCCAUCAAGUGGGGCUUUGUGAUUCAAAAGAGGAGAGUGAUGCUUUGGAUUUUAUUCUUACAAAGGGUGGAUGUGGGGUGGAACAAGGUUGUACACAAGUAGCGUUGUCGCCCCCAUUUUUUUGUGGGUCGCCGCCGAGCAGAGUGUCUAACCCGUUAAUACAGGAUGCUCGAUUUGGGGAGCAGAAGAUUAUGUCACCGGUGCCACCUUCAUCGGGCUUGUACUCAUCUUCUCCCUCGUCGUCAUCGAGGAAAGGAAGCUAUGUUAGGGCGAAUUUUGGUAGCAAACCAGCGGUGAGAGUGGAGGGGUUUGAUUGCCUCGACAGGGAUCGUCAGAAUUGUAGCAUCUCUGCACUGGCGUAGACCCCAUUGCAAUCCUGAAAACAGUAAAUAGAUAAGCCUAAAAAAGGUGCUUAAAUAUAUACCACGUUUAAAAUAGAGUAGCAAAAAAUGACGGGAGCCCUUUGUCAUUGUGUAAAUAUGUUUGGUAGGGUUCCUGAUCUCUAUGUAAAUGAUGGUGUCUUGUAAGUACAGGAGUUUUCUUGGUCAACAAAAAUAAGGCUUAGGUGUAGCGUAAGACGCUACGAGCUGCAGAUGAUGGGAAUUAAUCUUCGUGGGAAAUCAUCUUUUCCUACUAGUUUUGGUUUUUAUGGGUCGUUGAAGUUUUGAUGAGCGGCUUAUGGAGAGAAAUGUGUACAAAUUCAAGUUGGUAAUUGAGCUAAAUUUCAGUAGACAUCAAAA